AUGGUUCGUGAGUUGCGUGAGAGCAGUGCGAGACUGAAAGCGGUAGGGCAAGACCCGCUGCCUGACGCGCUGCGAUUCGCCGAGGCUGCCAAAGCUCAGGUCCGGGAUCAGGCCCGGGGUAAGGCAGGGGGUCAGGCUAGGAAUGGUAGCUUGGGGGAAGAGAGGGAAGACGUCCAGGGUGGUAGAGUGAGAGGGGGGCGAAGGAAGGAGAGGGUGGGUUUGGAACAGGUGAGGGAGGAGGAGGAGGAAGAGGAGGGUGAGGAGGACAGGAGGACGAGUGAAGCGGGUAUCAGGAGGAAAUGGAAGAAAAAGGUGGAAGUAGGGGGAAGGAGAAUAGCUAGUGAGACUGGGUUGGAAGUUCUGGGAAAAAGAGAGGGUGAGAGACGAAGGCGUGGUGAAGAUGGGAGCGAGGAGGAUGGAGAGGGAAGGGAGGGGGGUGGAAGGAGGAGGAGGAUGAUGGACCCUCAACCAACCGCACGCAUUCUAGAGUGGUCUGACGAUGACGGGGAGUUGGAAGAGAUUCCAGAGCCAGUUCAACCCCAAGGCCCCAACGACCGGCAUGGCCGUACCAGUAUGCCCGCCACAGUGCACCUACGCACGCCCUCCGCCCCCCGCCUCUCCCCUCUCAACCUGCAUGCUGCUGCUGCUUCUCCCGGUGCUGCUGGUGGCGCUGCUGCUAGGGGUGGGAAGCUGAGGAGGCCCAAGCGGCCGUUCAGUGCGGAGGAGACAGACACACUCAAGAUUGGCGUCAUGAGAUCCUCAGGCACUGUGGAUAUCGUCUCACCCACCAGUUGCUGUGAACCCGACUGGCAAGUUGAGGAGACUUAA